AUGUGUAGCGAGUACUCGGCGAUGCGAUCAAUUGUCAUCGCUUCACCGAAGGACACCAUCAAGAUGCCCAUGAACGAGCUUGCAAUCGGAAAGAAGAAGUCCCAGAUUGAAAGAGUACGCAGCUUGUCCUUGUUCUUUCUAUUCAUCGACUACUAUCACGGCGCCGGAGUGCAGCACAUAGCAUUCCGCAUGCAGGACAUCAUCGCUGCUGUAAAUGGGUUCCAAACGCGUGGUGUCCAGUUCCUCGGUGAACCGGCAACCUACUAUGCCGAUCUGCGGAAACGCCUGACUGGGAAUUUCAAGAGUUUGUUCGAGGCUUUCGAAAGGGAGCAGGCUCUGCGUGGAAAUCUACAACCGAUGGUUCCUUUCAGGUCUGCAUGA